AUCGAGAUGGGCAGAACUGUAAAUAACUACUGAGUACACACAGCAGAGCAGGAUUUUGAAGUUGGGUACCUUGGACACGUUAAGUGUCAGUCCGUGGAGACCAUAGCAUCUGCUGCACCUAAGGGAGACUUAACCUGUAAAUUUCUUUCGGGGCCAGGAUGGAAUCAAAUCAGAAUUCUCAGAGGCUGAAACCCUCGGAGAAAGAUAGCUCAACAUCUGCUCUAAGGACUGAUACAGGGGAGGCUGUAAACACUUCAGCAAAGCGCAAACGCCACCGAAGGAAGAAGAAAGUAAAUCAAACUGCUGUACAAGAAGAGCAGGUUGGAAGACAAAGUGAACAUCACCCUCCAGCUAGUUCAGGUGGUUCAGUUUCAUCACCCUCUAUUCCUGUCCAAGAGACAAAAAAAGUAGCGCCUGCUAAGGACCAAAUGAGCAGUAGCACAUUCAGCCCUGCCGCUAGCUCCCAACCUCCAAACAAAUCCAACAAAAAACGGAAAUCGGGUGGUGCAAGUGAAAUUGAAACAAUUGUUUCACCUGGUGCUCAGAGAUCAGCACCAAAGCAAGUUCCUAUUUCUGUUUCCCAGAAGAUCGGCACCAGUGCUCGUCCUUUGGAAUCUGCUGACAUAGGAGUGUUCAGCUCAAAAGAUUUAGAAUUGAUUUAUUCUGCCAGCAAUUUAGGCCCCAUAUAUUCUGCAUCAUCUUUUCCUUGUAGUGUUACUUUAACCUCCAGCAGUUCAAGCAGUCAGCUGUCCUGUGAAAGAAUUGAAAAUUCACAUCUGUAUGGUGGUAGCUCUUUUUCAACAACUUCUCCAAUAGUUGCAUCACAGCCAGUUGAGAAGAUGAGUGCUCCACCUGCUGUUCAAAAAUCAAGGGAGGAGAUUGAGGCCGAGAGAAAGGCAAGGAAAGCUGCAAAAUCUGCAGCAAAAGGAAAGCCCAAGGGAAAAGAUGUUGAAAAUGUUCCAGUCAAACCUGCUAGCAAGGAGCCAAAUGCAAGCGUUAAGAAUGAAGCUGCUGUUAAAGUAGCUCCCACCUCCUCUCCUGCAAAUACUAAGUCUUCUAAAAGCACUGUUGAAAAGCUCACUGAAACUGUGAAGAAUCUCAGCAUGACUGAUGGGAAAGAGGCUGCCAAAAAGAGAGCUCCUGAUGAACCAGAUUUUGCAAGAACAUCUUCAUUUGCUGCCCCUGUACCUGUAGAAGAUGUUAUUCCAGCCGCUCUGAAGCAAAUGAUGACAAAGGAAGGGACUGAGAAGAGCAAAGCUGAACUGCGCGCUGAAAGGAGAGCUAAGCAGGAAGCUCAAAGAGCAGCUAAAACUCAGCAGCAGGCUGAAAAAAUUAAAGCACAACAGCCAACAGCACCUGCAGCCAGCAAACCUCCAUCGAAAGAUACAAGUAUUAAAGGCCCAGAAAAGCCGACAAUUUCUCCCAAAAUAGUGAAAGAGGUCAAGGAUGCUAAAGCUGAGCGCCGAGUGAAGCUCUUCAGUCAUUUGUAUCAAAAUUCUUUCAAAAGCUUUUCUCACACAAUUGAUGUGAGUCAUCCCCAAUACCACCCAUCAAUAGUAAGAUUGGGUGUACAAUACGCCAAACGCCUUGUUUUAGGAUCUAAUGCUCGCUGUCUUGCCCUUCUGUACUCACUUAAAUCUUUGGUUGCGGAUUAUGAAACUCCACCUCAGAAGGAAUUUUCUAGAGGUUUAGAGGCAUAUUUGCAGCCCAAUAUGGAUUUCCUUCAAAAGUGUCGCCCUCAUUGUUCCAUGGUCAAUGCAUUACGCUACAUUAAGUGGCAGCUGACUCAGAUAUCUAUUGACACAAGUGACGCAGAGGCCCGCACACAUGUUCUGGACGCUAUAGACCAGUACAUAAAUGAUCAAAUUGGAAAAGCAGCAGAGGCUAUUGGAAAGGUUGUAAAGGACAAAAUUGAUGAUAACGAUGUUAUUUUAGUUUAUGCUUGCUCCUCUUUAGUCCUCAGUGCUUUGAAGGUUGCUCUUGAUGCAAAUCGCAAAUUCCAUGUCAUUGUAGUAGAUUCUCUGCCAUGGCUUGAGGGCCGGGAAAUGCUGCGACGCUUGGUGUCCAUGGGUGUGCAGUGCUCCUAUGUUCAUCUUUCUGCUGCUAGUUUUGUUAUGAGAAGGGUUUCAAAAGUUCUCCUGGGUGCACAUGCCUUGUUGGCGAACGGCUACGUCAUGUCUCGAGCUGGUUCUUCACAAGUAGCCCUUUUGGCUCAUGCCUACAAUGUUCCAGUUUUAGUUUGCUGUGAAACUCACAAAUUCAGUGAGCGAGUUCAGACUGACUCAUUUGUUUACAAUGAAUUGGCGGACCCUGAUGAACUAAUUGGCAAGAAGAGAGCAGGAGAGCGAGAGACAGAGCGUGAAAGGCCAUUAGCAAAUUGGCGAGAUAUUCCAUCCCUAAGUCUUUUAAAUUUAGUUUAUGAUGUCACACCCCCUGAUUUGGUCACAGCUGUGGUGACUGAACGUGCCAUCCUCCCUUGCACUAGUGUCCCUGUAAUUUUACGCAUUAAGCCAACAGAAUGCUAACAUAUCGAUUUGUUUUAUUUCACUAAUAGCGGCAUUAAAACUCAGUCAUGAUGCUCCUGAGCAUUGAAGUGUGUAAAUCUGUGUACAUAACGUAUAAAACUCAAAACUACCUUUUAACUUGUAAUCUUUUUAAUUCUCCAGCAACUUUUGAAUGUGUUUUGACCAUACAACUUGAACUC